GCCAUAAUUGUCAUGUUUUAUGAUAAUAUUCCACCUGAAGCUCUCCAUAGAAACUAGAGCCACCUAAUUGAUAGCAGUGAUUACUGGCUAUUGAUUUAGAGAAGCUUCCAUUGUCGAUACAACUCUUGAUAGUAUGAUUAUUCCACCACCUAACACCCCUCGGUGCCUAAAUGGUUUAGUCUGUGUAUAGGAUUUCCCCAGCACACCACAUGAUUCUUUACUUUAGAGGUGAAACCGACUUGGAGGAACAGAAUGCUGUAUUUUCCCCUCCUACCAUCUUCAUGAAAAGACAUCUUGAUCUGCCUGCAACUCUACCCAGGCAGUGACUCUUUAAAAAUCUUUCUCCAAGACAAAAGAUUAAGUUAGUGUGACUAGUAGAUCUACAAGAUUGGUAUUGUGUUAACUUGCCUGAAAACAGCUGGCGUGUACUGAACUUUGGUUUAAAUUCCAUAAGCUCGCUACUUGUUACUUAACUCUUGGGUUAGUUUUGAAAGAACAUGUGUACACGCUUCUUUGUGUGAGAGUAAAAGUCAUCGUCCAGUGAGAUCUACCAUUUGGUGGGAACUUUGUUUAAAUUCUCUGACUUGUCUUUGAUACACUGAAUUGUAGAGACGAUUCCUCUCUUCAUUCAUCAAAAAAUCAAAAAGUUAAAACCUAGUGCAGCCAAAGACGACUGCCGAUUUUAUAAUAGUUUAUUUAAAUUGUCAUGGCAACAGAGACCAAAAUGGUGCAAAACGAUAGUAGUUCGUCCACAAUUCUUACCAUUAGAAUGAUCAUGCAGGGAAAAGAAGUUGGCAGCAUAAUCGGAAAGAAAGGUGAUAAUAUUAAGAAAUUCAGGGAGGAGAGUGGUGCCAAAAUCAACAUAUCAGAUGGAUCAUGUCCAGAGAGAAUUGUAACAACCACAGGCUCAACAGAAAAUAUUCACAAAGCUUUCACAAUGAUUUCAAAGAAAUUUGAAGAGGAUUUACAGAACACACCAACUGUGCCUAAACCUCCUGUUACAUUACGUCUUGUAGUCCCAGCCAGUCAGUGUGGUUCUUUAAUUGGUAAAGGUGGUAGCAAAAUAAAAGAAAUUAGAGAGUCUACAGGUGCUUCUAUACAAGUAGCCAGUGAAAUGUUACCCAAUUCUACAGAACGAGCUGUAACACUAUCGGGUACAGCUGAAGCCAUUACACAGUGCAUAAGAAACAUAUGUGGAAUUAUGUUGGAGUCCCCUCCUAAGGGUGCCAAUAUCCCCUACCGUCCAAAACCCGUAGUCUCUCCACAAGUCAUCUUUGCCGGUGGUCAAGCCUAUGCCAUGCAGGGUGGACAAGUACCAAUGCCAAACCAUGAGGUGAAUAAAAUGCCACCACACAUGCCCAUGCCUCAUGCGGUUCCACUUAUUCCUUCAGCUCAGACAGUCUUACCAGGUGGUUGUAUAUCAUUAAAUGGUGAUAUGUCACGGCCCACAUAUGGUUAUGGUAAUUGUAUUCCAGGUUUAACAGCCUAUCAGUUUGCUCGACCAAAUAAUGUUAGCAGUAUACAGGUUGCUAAUGGUAACCAGACACAUGAAAUGAAUGUCCCUAAUGAUUUAAUUGGUUGUAUUAUUGGAAGAGGUGGUCAGAAAAUAAAUGAGAUUAGACAAUUAUCAGGUGCUACAAUUAAAAUAUCAAAUGCUGAGGAUGGUGCUGCUGACAGAAAAGUUACAAUUAGUGGUUCUCCUGAAAUGAUUGGUCUCGCCCAGUAUCUUAUUAAUACAAGCAUGGAAAUGCAUAAGAAUAUGACCCUUGUUGACCCGACCUCGAAGAAUAUGACCCCCGACCUAGCCUCGACCCCAUCAACCACAUCCUUGACCUCUGUUCAGUCCCAUCCCUUGGCCAUUCCGCUGAGUCAGCUGAUGAAACCUACAUGUAUGCCGCUGCUAGGAUUAAACAUGGGUGUUUACAAUCCUGGUUUUGUAGCAGACGCCAAAAAUUUCACCGCCAAAAUGAGGGUUGGGGUUACAGCAAACUCACUGAAGAAGCCUGAGAGACCUAAAUUUGCACCCUACUAACAGCUUACAUCACAGCCUAUUUCUGGGCCUAUUUUAAUUAACCUGUUGUACUACUUUAACAAGGUUGUUAUACUACUGUUAUGUUAAAGAUGGGACUCAAGCCAAAAUAGUGUUUUUAACAAAUUAUUAUACAAAAACUGAGAACUGUGAGGAUAUAAUUAUAUCUCUGUGAAUUCCAUGAUGAUUUUAUUGGAAAAGAAAUGAAUAUAAAAAAAGACAUUGCCUAUAAAGUGGUUAACAGCCUUUUAGAGUAAAUUUGAAGAUUACAGAUACUUAAGUAACUGGUUGCCAAAAAACUAUAUCAGCGUACAUGAAACAACACAUUUUAUUACAAUAUUUAUUAGAAAUUUUUAUUAAUAUGUUAAUCAUAUGCCUAAUUAUUUAAUUCAAAUCUUGUACAUAGGCAUGAUAUUUUUAAAGAGAUUAAUUUUUUUUUGGUUGCCAUAAUUAAAGCCUGAUAUGUUUGUAAAUUAUACCAGUGGUGACAGGCAACAGUAAACAGUACUUACCUCAAAUGGAUAUCUUUCAUAAUGUGUAUGCGUAUUGGAAAGUGUAUAGAAGAGUCUGUACUUAGCUAGAAAUCAGGUAUUAUAUAUUAAUGACAUUCCAAGCCAUAAACUGGAGGUACCAAACAGGGUAUGGGUGUCCGAUAGAUCCGAAAUACGAAUCGUAAAUCAUCAAGAGUUAUAGUAAAAUAGACAGAUGGCAUUGUAAUUCUUAAUCAGUUUUAGAAGCGUAUUGAACACAAUGCUUAGUUGUGUGAUUACAUCAAUCACUAUUAUAUGACUGAAAAGUGCAAAAGGCUGAUGUCAUACUCAUUUUUUAAUCAGAAAAAAAAACCGCGAAAUUACUAUUUCAUGUACAUGAAGUAAAGUUGUAUCCAGUGUUUUAAAAAGUACAUAUCAUGAAGUAUAAAUAAUCUAGUCAUAUAGAAAGUAGCUAUUAUUAUUUUAUUAUUAUUAUUAUUAUUAGGGGCUCAGAUAAUGAUGCACAGCGAACGAUUGAUUUCUUGACUUAAAUGUAUGGUACAUGCAAUCAUACCAAAAUAAACGGGCACAAUAUAUACUACAAUGUACAUGUAACUCGGACUCCUGGGAAUGUUUCAGAUAAUGUAUUUUAGAAAUAAUUGUUGUGUAUAAAAUCCCAUUGGAAUGCAGGCCCCCAAUCUGUAUAUGUAAACCUUUUUACUUUUCUCAUAAGGGUAUUUUCAUUUUAUUUUUUCCAUCCUAGCAUAAUUAUUAUUCUUGCAAUAUUGUAUUUGCAAUAUUUCUUACCAUUUUUUUUUGCGGGUGUUUUUUCUUCUUGUGACAAGUGAUUAUUCUACUGUUGAAAAUCUGCCAGCCUGUUGAAAUUACUAGUUUUUGUUGUUGACGUGUCAUAAGUGAGGUAGUGUGAGUGAAGAUUUUAACAUAUAUAUAUAGAAAAAAAAAUUAUAUAAAAAUACAAAAAAAAAAAAAUCAUUUUAAAGAUCUUCUAAUGAUUGAUCAGUGGCAAUGAUGAAAAAAGUCUUGUUUUCAUUUGUAUCUAUUUCUAGGCUUACAACAGAGAUGUGCGGUAUGGCCGUUCGCUAGUGAACUAUCGACAAAUUAAAUAAUUUAAAAAAAAAAUUAAAUGAUAAAAAAAAAAAAUUGGAUGGCUCAAAUAAGCCAAACCGAAUUAUGAAAAGAUAUUUAUAUAUUUGUAUCAAAAUGGAAUAUUUCUGAAUUAAACAUAAUUAUUGUUAUAAAAAAAAGUUAUAUAAUUUAUUAUUCUAUCUCUAUUUCAUGAAUUUGUUUGGCUUAUCAGAGUCUACAUUUUCUUGUCCAAGGCUUUAUUAAUAUCAAUAUAAGUAUCUUAAAAUCACAAUUCAUAAUUUAUCAUAUCAACUGUUGAACAGUUUUAACUACUCCUGAAUCAUGUUUUCUUAAUUUUAUCUUCCGGAAACAGUUUGACUGCUGCUAUUGCUGCUUCCAUUUAUCAAUGCAAGUGUGCAAUAUUCAUACACAGGAGAUAAUAUAAGUAAUGCAAUAUACAUUCAUGUGUAACAUGACAGAAAUGAUUGUUUUCAAUUCACAAACUGUCUAAAUGUAUUUAUAUUUUUGUUUGUACAGAAUAUUCGUUGAGUUUGUUAUAACUUCAUCCAUUUAUAAAAAGCAAUCAGUCAUUACACUGUUACAGAUUUUAUCUAAGCCUUGGACAACAAAAGAGGAAAAUCUUUUUUCUUUCAAGAAAAAAGAUGAAAAUGUUAUUUAAUUACAAGAUAGAAAUUGAUCACGUGCUCUCAACCGGAAUCUUGUUGUUGUAUAGAUAUUAUUAUUAUUAUUAUUAUUACGAUUAUUAUCUUUGUUUUUUCAUCGUGUGAUCUUAGUGUGAUUUUACCAUGUGUGAUAUUUAUCUUUUAACUAACCACACAAACUCUUCAAAAUAUACAGAGAAAAAUAAGUGUAUCUAAAAAAAAUCAUUGUAGGAUAAAUAAACCGCACGUAGAUUGCGAUAAUUAUGACUUAUUAUGGAUAUUUCUAUUGUUUUUGUUAUUUCAUUAAUAGCAAUAAUUAAUAUUGUAUUGUAUAACAUAAUUUUCAUAAUGAACAUAUUAGUAUAAAUCAAUGAUAAAAAUGUAAAUAUUAUGUAAGAAAUACAACCAGAAAUAGAUGGAUUAUUAAUCAAGAUUAUUAUAAUAAUAAAUAAAUUGUAGAUAUGUAUAUUUAAUAAUAAAGUAUAGACUAGUCUACGGUAGGUAGUGUUAAAUUAGGUACACUAUUUGAUCAAGUAUUUUGAACUGUUUGGCUUGUUUUUUUUUCUAUGUCUUUGAAGUGUAUUAAAAUAUUCUGUUAAAGAGAUACUAAGGUUAUAUAUUUAACCUUGCAUUGUUACAUCCAAUAUGGCAGCUAUAAUGCCAGCAUCAACCUCUUUAUCUUAUAAAUCUAGAACCAUGGACAAAAACAAAAAAAUAGUAACACCUUUUACAAAUUACUAGUCAUUUUUCGAAAACGUAUAUCAAAAAAAGGAUUUAUUUUUAACUGUACUAGUCAAAUUAUCAUAACAUUUUCAUUGGGGAAAAAACAAUUAUUUUAGUGCAAGUUAUACACCUUUAACUUUUGAAUAACUUCAAAGAUAACCUGCAUUAUUCCCAUCAGGUAGAUAUUUUAAGAUUUUGUAAAGCUUGUAGAAACACAGCAUUGAUUGUUUAAAAAAUAUACAUAUUUAAGAACACUGUAUGUUCCUAUAAAAAGUCAAACCUGUUUAGUAUUUAUUUAAGUAUUAGAGAACUGUGCGUUUAAGUUUUAUGCACACAUUAUAUAUUCAUAUAUACAAAAACUCAUAGAUGUUCUUGUUGUCCAUUAGGGUUGAUGCUGCUAUAGUGCAAUAUGAUUGGUUGGGGAGCACGUGACCAAAUGACGCACGCCUAUUGGCAGGUCCACAGGCCACGUGAUAAUUCGAUGCAAUCGUGUUGUCCUUGUAUGAUUUUCUAUGAUAAAUUAUCUACGUGCAUCUAUAUAUAGUAGGUAAUAACAGUGUAUAAAUAUAUUUAAAUAAAUGUAUUAUUUUACUAUGACAGUAUUUUUGCAUUUAUCACGUGAUGACCUUGGAGCCAAGGCCAUUUUGAAGAGUUAUUCUUUUAUAAUAUAUUAAUUUUGUUGAAUGGAAAGUUAUUUUGAUUGUUUUCACAAAUAUUGGAGAGACUUAAUUGAUAAAUUCUGUCACUCUACAUUAAACUAUAUGAAAUUGUAUUGCUAAUGAAAGCUGUACAAGAGUGUUGCCAAAAUCAUGAUUAAAAAAAUGAUCUAUAAAGUAAAA